AUGACGAUUCUCGGUGACUUGCUGUCGACGAUCUUUGAACGCAGAUACCUGACGGCAGCCUUGGACAAACCGGACGCCCGCUCGAUGGAAGAGCUGAUAAGUGCCCUUGUCGGGGCAACAGGAGAGGUUUCGGGACUGUCCGCCGCCAAUCAUAUCCUGAAGCGGUAUCGGGAGAUGAAUGACGAGGAAAAGCUCGCUUUUUUCCGUCAUCUUUCCAGCGAUAUGAAUAUCGAUCCGGACAAGGUUCGCAGCGCGCUGGAAGCUUAUGAAGCAGAUCCGAGCAAGCAGAGCUACCGCGCAUUCAUGUCAUCAGUCGAGCCGGACAGACAGGAACUGAUCCGCCGUUUGAACCAGAUUCCCGGUGCGACGGAAGCCCUUGUACAGAUGCGAGCCGAUCUGCUCAGGCUUGGCAGGGGCGAUCCCCGGCUCCAGGCGCUUGAUCAGGACUUCCGCCACCUGUUUCUCUCCUGGUUCAACCGGGGCUUCCUCGUUUUGCGCCCGAUCAGUUGGGAAAGCCCGGCGCAUAUCCUGGAAAAGAUCAUCGCCUAUGAAUCCGUUCAUGAAAUUGCCAGCUGGGAAGACCUGCGACGCCGGCUUGUACCGGGUGACCGAAGGUGCUUUGCGUUUUUUCACCCCACAAUGCCGGACGAGCCCCUGAUCUUCGUCGAGGUCGCCCUGACGAGCGCCGUCCCCGGGUCCAUUCAGGAUCUUCUGGCGGAAGACCGGGAAGCGCUUGCUGCAGACGAGGCCCGAACGGCGGCAUUUUAUUCAAUAUCAAACUGUCAGCCGGGUCUGGCGGGAAUUUCCUUCGGCAAUUCGCUGAUCAAGCAGGUGGCGGCGGAUCUGGCAACCGAAUUGCCUGCCCUGAAGACCUUCGUGACCCUGUCCCCCAUUCCGGAGCUGACAAACUGGCUGAAGUCGGAGGACAUCCUUUUCGAGGAUGCAGAUGCAAAACAGAUCAGGACACUUGCCGCCCAUUACCUGAUGUCGGCAAAGCGGCCUGACGGACUUCCGCUGGAUCCGGUUGCCCGGUUUCAUCUCGGCAACGGUGCAAUGAUCCAUGCCGUUCAUGCAGAGGCCGACCUGUCUCCAAAGGGACAGGCCCAGUCGGCCGGUGCAAUGGUCAACUAUCUUUAUGACCUUCCGAAGGUGGCGCAAAACCAUGAGCGCUUUGCCACCGCAAAAGAAAUCACGGCGUCUUCGGAAAUCCGCGGUCUGGAUGCUGCAGCGAAAAAGCUGGAUCUCAGGCGUUCCGAAAGCGAGCCGGUCGCCAAUUGA